GUACUUUCUUAGUUGGAAAUGAUUUCUAUUCUGGUUUUCAUUAGUCUCGUUUACUCCGUGGUUGGUCACGGUCAUGAUAAACACGUGACAAUUGAUAAUGUCAAGUACAGCUAUGGAAUUUUUGCCCCUGUUGGAUGGACUGUCGGAGGUUACGUCUGGUACAUCUCGAUGCUGGGAUUAAUAUUGGGUGCUCUGGUUUUGCUCUAUUUUAGCAAAGGAUGGGGUACCUCUGGAGCGUAUUACGAUGGAUUUUUUAAUCGGCGUUCAUUGGACUAUCAAAGAGCAUUUGGAGCAGAAAACGGCAUAUUCGAUCAUUCGAGCGUACAAACCGAAGGUAGAAGCUAUCAAUUAUUCUGGGACGAUCGGAUACGUGACAUUCAUAAUCUUAUUCGGACAAACGAUUAGGUUAAUGCUGAAUUCAAGACUGUAAAUAUUUUUAAUAAAUGACAUAAAUACAA